AUGUCUCUCCGCCCUGAUGACCGCUCCAGCCGAGCACGAUCAAGAUCUCGCUCCGGGCGUGAGAGAUCUCGCUCACGCAGCAAUGUCCGCGCUCCAUCGCCACCAGAGGCAGCUCCCAGGAACAGCGGAUAUGCUCCAACGAAAGAUUCCAUCUCAAUGCCUGAGAUGCCUGGAGGCUUCAUGACCGCUGGCCCUCCCGAUGUAGAUUACAGGAGCAGGUCUCCAAAACCACCCACUUCAGGGUAUCCGUACCCAGUAGCAGGAGCUAUGCCAAUGCCGUAUCCGGUCGACGACGGAGGCUUCACAAUGGGAGGAUAUGCUGACUUACCACCGCAUGAACGUCCAGGAUACCAAGGCCAGCAGAAUUACUAUCCACCUGCCAGAGAUGAUCGAGAUGACGAUCUGGCGUAUGGCUCCGACUCUGACAAGGCCUCGAGGGAGCAAUUGUCUCGCCAUGGAUCGUAUGCUUCCACUUCGGCUUACCGGUAUACGCCUGCGACGUCGACCACCGAUUCGAGGACCAGCACGCAAAAGUAUCAAUAUGCUCCUCCGCCGGACAAGGUUACGUACAGUGUGAAGCCGCAGACCACUUCCUAUGGCUACAGCUCAACUCCACAAGGUCAAGCUCCUUCACGACAAGUGAGCUAUUCCGAUAGACCGCAAGGACAGAGACACGACUCGUAUCCUCAAUCGUACGAAAAUUUCGCAUAUGGAAAUGCUCAAGUCGUCGAAGUCGCACCCGGAGGACGUCCAAGUCAUGACAGGAAACCCUCCAAGUCUCACCGGCUGUCCGUGGCAGAACAGUCCACUCUGGCAGCACCUCGCUCUCCCGGCCUCGGACCACGAAUGGAUAGACUUUCCAUCAGCGGCCAACGUCCCGACCUGCAGACCCUCGGAGUAGGCCUGAGCGGUGUUGGUGGCGGCGCUCUUCCUCCACCAAGCCCUCUCCUCGAAGCCUACCACGGAACCUACCAAUCCCUCUCUCCCAUGCCCCUCGCCCUACGAAUUGACUCCGACUCCGACCUCGACGAUCUCCCCACCCUCGAUGAUGAGAAACCCCAAUCCACCCGCUCAAAAUCCUCCACCACAACCAGCACCACCAAAAAGCGCGUCCAACUCUACGACCCCACCGCAGACGCCAAACUCAUCGCCUCCUCCCUUUCCCACUCCCGCCCCUCCCCCUCAACCCUAAUCUCCAUCCUCCCCACCCUAACCCACGACCAAAUCCUCGCCGUCCGCACCGCCUACAAAAAAUCCGUCCGCAUCCACAACCACGGCAUCAACCUCAGCAAACACAUCCGCACCAAAUUCCCCUCCAACCUCGGCAAACUCGCCUCCAUCACCGCCCUCGGCCGCUGGGAAUCCGAAGGCUACUGGGCGAAUUUCUGGUACCAAGCCCACGCCUCCCGCCGCGAACUGCUCAUCGAAUCCCUCACGGGCCGUACGAAUGCGGAAAUACGAAUGAUCAAAGACGACUUUAAAGAUAAACGCUACGGUGACGACUUGGUCGUGUGCAUGGAAAAAGAACUCAAAAUGGAUAAAUUCCGCACCGCCGUGCUCCUCGCUCUGGAGGCCCGGAGGCAGGAAGAACAAGACGUCUAUCCGGCUGAGUACAUCUUGCGGGACGUCGAGACUCUCCAUCGCGCCUCGAGGGGGACGAAAGGUGGGGAGUCGACGAUUCUAGAAAUCUGUCUGAGGCGGAGCGACGCCCACUUGCAAGCCGUGCUACGUCAGUACUCUGCUUUACACGGGGAGAAUUUCGCUCGGACGGCUCUCCAACGCAGCGGGAAUUUAGUGGGUGAAGUUUUGGCUCACGUCCUCAACGGCGCGAUUAAUAAACCCGCCCGCGACGCGGUGUUGUUGCAGCAUGCGAUUAAGGAUAUCAAGGAGAGGAACGAGGGGGAGGAGUUGAGGUAUGAAUUGCUCAUUUCGCGGCUCGUGAGGGUACAUUGGGAUAAAGUCCAUUUGGGGAGGGUGAAGAGGGCGUAUUGGGAAAAGUAUGGGGUGGUGUUGGAGGAUGCGGUGGAGGAGGCGACGAAGGGGGAUUUUGGGGAGUUUUGUGAGGGGUUGUGUGAAGGCGCGGGUGGGGGUGGGAAGUAA